CCAGCUCUUUCUACACAAAGCCUGCUGUGUUUCUGUCCUCAUCUUAUUAUAAGAUUAGGCUUUGAGGUAACAGGCGCGCAAAUUGCAGUCGACCCUUAACAGAACACAAGAAAGUCUAACAAACUUCAUAGUUCAAUCACAGUUUAAAGCCUGGAACAUGAAAUAACAUCAAAUGUUAUGACAUGUGAAACAAGACAGGUCAUCAAGGAGAAGAGUGUCCUGACAAGUCAUGAGCGGAAGUUGGUAAAACCAGGUGUUAAAUGCUGUUUCAUUUUUGUUUUUUUGUUUUUUUUUUGUGAGAGAGUUUAGAAUUGUGGCUCUUCGAUUGAAUUCUGCACUAUGAUCUAUUAAUAGGCGUAGAGGCAGAGAGUCCACAUCCUCUCUGACAAAAUCAUGUUGAAGCCUAAAUCUCCUCCCUGCUGAGGGGGACUGGAAUGUGUGGGAGAAAUUCAACCAAAGUCCAGCAGCAGCAGAGUCAGAGAAACUUUCUUCCUCCUGCUUCACCAUGCCAGCCACCGUGAACAGCAGCAAAGUCGAACUGGAACCUUUUGAAUAUUCGUAUUAUGACUAUUCUGACUGGUACUCGGACAACGCAGAGCCAACCAAACCUCCCAAAGAAAUUAUUCCACCAUGUGAUCCACUAGCAGAAGACAGGCUGUUCCACACCUGCAUCCUGCCCAUAUCUCUCCUCAUCAUGUUGAUCCUGGCCGCGGUGGUGAGGAAGAAGAAGGUCUUCCAGGGAUUCACCAGAGGAUCAUCCAGCAUCUUCAGCCCCACAAACUUCCUGGAUCAGACUCAAAACAAAGGCGUGGUAAUGGCUGUUUUCGGACUAGUCUUCAGUAAACUGGCGGUCUUGGUGAUUGCGCCGGACCCUCUGCCAUUCUCCAAAGAUACGCCGGUAGAAAUUAAAGAGUUCAUGAAGAUUAUUGCGAUCUUCUACUACCCUGUUUUCUACUACCCCCUGGUGGCCUGCAGCACACUGCAGCAUAAAGCCGGCUACGUGUUUGGAUCGCUGCUUUCCUUCACUCACUUCGCGGUCCUGCUCUGGCAGAAGUUCGACUGUCCCAAGACGCCAGAGAUCCACAAGUUCUACCUGCUGCUGGCCAGUCUCCCUCAGCUGGUUUGUCUGGCCUUCAUCUGCGUGCAGUACGGUUUGCUCUUCAUCAAAGGAUCCAACAACGACGAGGACCUUGACAGCAGCUACUACUCCAGCUAUGUCAAGUCACUUCUCAAGAAGAAGCCCUCAACCAGCAGCUCGUCCACUCCAGGCAAGAAGUCAUUGGCAGAAAGAAUACUUGACGUUCCAAAAAGUUACAUCUAUCUCCCAGAAAAAGCAUUUCGUUUCCCACUCAAGCUCGCUGUGUCCACAAUGGUGGCGUUCAUGGCCAUCUAUCAUACGGCCUUGCUGCUGGUGGUCACAGUGGUUCCGACUCUUCACAUCGUCCGUGCCGGGAUUGAUGAAAACAUAGCCUUCCUGCUGCUGGGCUUUGGCGUUGUUCUCUCUGAAGACCGGAUGGAGGUGGUGAGGAUUGUAACGUUCUACACCUGGUUGUUGGAAGUGUGUUACCUGUGUGCGAUGACCCUGUCAUGCGUGAUCAGUCUGGUGAUGCUCAUGAGGUCCCUGGUGCUUCACAGGACCAACCUCAGAGGUCUAUACAAGGGGGACGUCUACAGUCUGUACAACAGCCAGAAGACAAUUCGUCCUUCAAAAAGUGGCGUGGUCUGUUGGCUGGGUCUGACUGGAUACCAGGCUGCCAUCGUCAGUCUGGCUUUGGCGAUUCAGACGGUGGUGUUUUUCAUUUGUUUCCUGUUCCUGGUGUUUCUCAUCAUCAUCCCUGUUUUUCAUGGACGAAACCUUUUUGUUUUUGAAAUUUUGGGAAAGGCAUGGCCGGGGUGGGUCACUCUGAUCCUGGUGACCGGGCUCCAGCACGUGGCGGCUAAGUUUUUGUUUGUCAGAAAAGAAGCUGGAACCAGAGACCUGCACAACAGAGAGAGUCUCUUUCUUCUGACGUACCUGCUGUUCCUCAUUAACACCGUCAUUGGACUGAUCGUGGGCAUAUGGCGGAUGGUUAUUACAGCUCUCUACAACAUCAUUCACCUGGGCCGUAUGGACAUCAGUCUUCUGCACCGCACGGCUGAACCCUACGACCCUGCCUACCAUUACUACACCAGCUUCCUAAAGUUGGAGGUGAGCCAGUCCCACCCGGUGAUGAAGGCUUUCUGUGGCCUCCUGCUGGACAUGAUGGUGGAGGGAGGCAGAGUGGGACAGAAGAUACGAGACGCAGAGGAAGGGAUCCAGGAGAACAGACCGAACAAGGCGGCCAGCAGUCAGCGGAUUCGAUCUCGUUGGCAUCUGGUGUACACACUGGUCAACAACCCCUCACUGCUGGGUUGCAGGAAACACUUCCAGAGCCUGCAGACUUCAGAGAGCAUCCUGAACGGCACCCCAAAGCGCAGCUCCAAGAAAGGCAGCAAGAGGGAAGCUGGGAAAACCACAGCCGAGACUGUGGAGCCUGCAGAGAGCCAGCCCACUCAGGACACCACCGAGUGACUCUUGUGCCUAAAAUAUGGGUUGUAUCUACUGUGCAGAAUUUGAAAACGUGUGUGUGCAUGUUGAAGAAAUAGAACAGCUGUUUUUUCAAAGACGUGAGGACAACAAAUAUAUUAACGCAAUUCAUACAUCCGUUUUACGUUGACAGUAAGAUAAAUUAAAUACGAUCAAAAACGUGGUGUUAUGAAGAUAAUAAGAUAUCAUUUACAGUCCUAGAAUGUGACGUUUAUUCUCUUGUAUGCUAAUCAUUUUUCGCUCUGGUGUUGCUGCUGGCCUGAUGCCUUAAGGCUAUUUUCCCAUUCAGAAGGACCA